UGUAAGGGAAGGGGUGGUGGUCUUGUGCGCCAAGAGAGCCAUUUCCUCUUCUUCCCCACCCCACCCUGGUUCCGCGCCCUGCAGGCUCCACCCCUUCCUCCAGAAGCUGGCUUUUGAAUUUCCCAACCCAAGCGGGGCUGCAUCUGUGCGGAAGCUGCGAGUUUCAAAAGAUUCUUUGUAAGAAGGACCCCAGCCACAGGCUAGUUUGACACCCAAGGCUCAUAACCCACCCGAGGGCAAAAAUGAAAGAGGAGGUUGCAGCAGGACCCGAUCUGGUGGAGGCACCCGAAGAAUCUGGGAAGAGCCUUCAAGGUGACCAGGCUGGGAUCCGCAGAGGGAGUCUGCCUCAGCUGACCUUGCAACAGAUUAAAGAGGAACCGGAGGAAAGGCCAUUGCAGGGCUGGGAUAGUCAGUGGCAGGACUUCCUGCCGUCUGCCGAGCCCUCUCACUCCGCCUGGGGAAGCACUUCGCCGUCAGGAGACGAGGGUUCUCCCGUUCUCUCUGACGUCCAGCGGGAGCCUGUCGGGAAAGGGAGGGCAAAGCUCCUUCCAGCCUUCGGAGAGGGAGAGCGGAAGAUCUCUAGGACCCUGAAGCCGGGAGAUCCCAACGGGAAGGGGGAUGUCCCAAACAGUGGGAGCAUUGACACGGAAGCCAAGCGCCAGCGUUUCCGCGGGUUCCGCUACUGGGAGGCCGAGGGCCCCAGGACGGCUUGUGUCCGACUCCGGGAACUCUGCUACGGGUGGCUGAAGCCAGAGCGGCAUUCCAAGGAGAAGAUCCUGGAUCUGGUGGUCCUGGAGCAGUUCCUGGCUGUCCUGCCGCCGGAGAUCCAGAGCUGUGUCAGGGAUGAUCGCCCCGAGACCUGUGCUGAGGCAGUGGACCUGGCGGAAGCCUUCCUGCUUAGGCCGCAAGAGGAGUCGGAGAUCUUUGAGGAAGUAGUCGUGGGGGUCUCUGAUGCAGACCAGCCUUUGCUGGAGACUGGGGAGAGGCCUCCCUGCAGAGACUCGUUCAAGGAAGAGAUCGACAGCGAUUCCAUCUUUCCAGAAGACGAUCUACCGGAGGAUGAUUGUGGUGAGGAACCACAAGAGAUGUCCCCGGAAGGAUCAGAGUGCGAUAUGGAAGAGGAAGAGUUUGAUAUGGAAGAGGUAAUCUUGGGCGAUCCAGAUGAAGAGGAUGGAGAAGUGGGAAGCGAAAUACAGGCAUGGAAGAAGACAUCCGUGACAGGCGCCCAAAGGUUGCACAAAGGGUUUGGCAACAUGUGCCCCGUUUGUGGGAAAGGCUUUACUCGCAAAUCAAGCCUUAACAGACAUCUGAUGAUCCACACAGGAGAGAAGCCCUAUAAAUGUUCUGAUUGCGGGAAGGGCUUUAAUCGGAGAACGAACCUUAUUGCGCACGAGGUAGUCCACACAGAAGACAAGUUGUACCAAUGCUCUGAGUGUGGGAAAAGCUUCAAGCCAAAAUGGGGCAUUGUUGCGUACCAGGUUGAUCCCACAGGGGAGAAGGUGUACAAGUGCUUAGCGUGCAAGAAGAGCUGCAGGCAGACAGCGAGUGUGGUGAGCUGUAAGCUGUUGAACAAGAAGGAAAUGGAAGCACAGAGGAAGCCCUCUGAAGAAUCAGGCCACAAGAAGCAGGAAGACAUCUCUAACAAUCAGGAUGAACCGGAGAGCGAAGUGGGAAAGGAAACGGUGGAGGAGAAGAGCAUAUCCUUGAUAGAUGUGGAUGGUAAUAUUUGCUUAUUUAAAAGCCCACCAAAACUAUACAAGGGGAAGAGGAUGAGUCCGUGCCCAGUGUGUGGGAAAGUGUUUGCCACACAGUCUAGCGUUAACAGACAUCAGAGAAUCCACACCGGAGAGAAACCAUUUAAAUGUUCAUAUUGUGGGAAAAGCUUCAAUCAAAAGACGAGCCUCCUAACCCAUGAAGUCAUCCACACUGAAGAGAAGCCCUACCAGUGCUCAGAGUGUGGGAAAAGCUUCCGGCAUUCGUCUGGCCUUCAGGUACACCAGAGAAUGCACACGGGAGAGAAGCCGUACACGUGCUUGGUCUGUCGGAAGAGUUUCAGUCAGCGAGCGCAUGUGAUCAAACAUAUCGUGCGGAAGCACAAAGGAGAGAAGCCAUCAGCCUAUGCUUCUCAACCAUCCGACAGUUGAGGCAUACUUUUGCAAAGAAAAAAGAAAACGUCAGUUUUGUGUUUUAAAACAUUUAUUUUAGUGUGUGUGUGUACAUAUAUAUAUCUGUAAAAAUGACCCACCCGUGAAGGAUCCACUUCUGUCUUUCUGUACUGGACAUACCUCUUUAUUGGAAGGAGAAAAGUCCAGACCGCUAACUCAGAGUUACAGCAGGCAUCCUUCUCUAAGGGCAGGUAAUUGUACUGUGUCUCUACGUUAGAAGUGCUUUGAGCAGUCACACCCAGUGUCCGGAUGGGGCAGAACUUGCCACUCCUCGUGGAGGCUGAUUGGAAGGAGGCAAAACCAACGCAGCGAAUCAUGUUAGAGACGCAGCAGGUACUUUGUGGGGCACACUAGGCAUCCGCACGCUCGCAUACCCUGGUGUCCGCUGUGGGAAUUGCUGCAAUAAGUAUCUUCCUAUUGACACCAAAGGGAAACAAUCUCUGUUGCGAGACAUCCGCAGCAGUAUAUUGUGAGGCAACUUUGUUGCCGUGCAAAUAAAUGUUGAUUGAUUGACAUUCAUGGAUACACAGAAAGACCGUGUUUGGACUAUGAAGAAGGAUAAGAACUUGUAGCAGUUCCCUCCUUCCUUCCAUGAUUGACUGAUUUGAUUUGGUUUAGUUUAUUUAUAUCCCGCCUUUCCGGGAGUGGGGGUGUGGGGAGAGAGAAGUCAGUUGACACAACGCAUCAAUCAAUUCAAACAAGACCAAAAAAACCAGCGAUUUAGCAAACAAAUUCAAUAUUACAAAAAAAGGUAGUCUUAAAUGCGUAAGUACAGAGCAACAAGAAGGUUAACUGACAGUAAAGUUCCAGGUGUGGGUCUUAUUGCCCUCCAAGGCUCCCCAGCAGCCUGGCUUAGAUACAGUUGAGAGAGGACAGGGUCUUCUCUCCAGGCUGGACAAUGUACCGCUGGCUCCCUCGUCUGUCCUCCAGAGGAGACUGGCUGUGGCAAAAGGGAAAUGCUGGGGAGGGCAGGUCUUAUUACAUCCCUUGAGAAGAUCUGUGAUUUUUUAAAUAUAUAUUCAGAUUAGAUCCAGCGGGAAGUAUAUUGUGAUGACUUCACCUAUAUUAACUUGUCAUUGACUUUUCUGUAUGUGUGUGUGUUUUUUGUUUUUUUUAUAACCUGAUGUUAAAAUAAGGCUCCACUACAAACUUCGGCUGUCUUUUUCAACACGCUAACUAGAAAGUAUGCCCUGCUAAACAUAUUGGGGCUUGCUUCUGAGCGGACAGGCGUCCUAACAGUGAAGGCUGAUCCAUUAGGGCAAAUGGAGGCCCUGCCCCACCAGCCUCAAGUCUGCCUUCAGCCGGUUCCCACCUGCAGUAGCGACUGGUGCCUAUUGGGACUGGUAGGGCAGCAGGCUGGGAGGCCAACAGUAGGCAGAGCCAAUGCCAGGCAGAGCCAAUUCAUUCCAGCUCUUCUCCCUGCUGCAUUGUAGGAGGGCAAAACUCAAGACUAAGGAAGAGGAAGGUGACAGCCAGUGACACCCCUGGACUGGUUGUAAGUAUGAAGGUAAGCAGAUAGGUGGGACUGAGCACAGACAGUCCAGCCUCCACUGCCUGCCUUGCCUUGUCUUACGGUCAGCUCAGGUGGUGGCUCUGUCGGCUUCCUCCUCCUUAGUCUCAGUUUUGCCCUUGUACAAUUCAGCAGGUAGAUGAGGACAAAACUGGAAUUAAUAAUUGGCUCCUUCUAGAAUUGUUCUGUCUCUACCUGUUAUUGGCUCUGGCUCCGCCCCGUUGGGCUCCCUGCCAGUCCCAAAAGGUCAGCAGCCACCACUGGUGCAAUUGUAUACAUAUCUCCUCAGAGGUCAGUCCAGUGGAACUUACUCCCAGGUAAGUAGGUAUAGGACUGCAGUUGUACUCUUUCGGCGAGGAAAGGUUCAGUGUAGAACUUUUAUUAAGGUUUUAAUUCAUAUGUAAUAUGUAUGUCGAAAGCCCCAAGUUCGGUCCCCGGCAUCUCCACUUACUAGAAGUGUCUUGGGUGGAAUGAUAAACCUAUGAGAAUGUUAAAAGAAAAAAAAAUAGUAUUUUGUAUCAGAGAAAUAGUUAGCUUUCUUAGUUUAUUAUCCGUAUUUUUUAUCUGUAGCUGUACUUUUCUAUCACAAUAAAAGUGGCUUACAAUUAAUGUAAA